UGGAGGCCAGCACCUGGUAGUGGGCCCCUAACCCCGUGAGAUUACCACACCCCAAGCAGCUUGUUCCGGGACAAACCGUACCAUAACGUGUUCCUGUCAGGGCUAACCGCAAGAUGUCGCCACACCGCCCCUGGAAAGUCCCGGAGGCCCAUUUUCCCCUUUUGCCCCUCCCCGCUUUUGCCCUAUAUAAGCUUGUAACGCUCAAAAAUAAAAUUAGACCUUGCCUACCAUCCUUUUGGUCUCACUCCUCCUUUUCACCCAUUCCCUUCAGCCAGGGUCCUCCUCGACCCCCCACGUAUACUGGCCCUGCAGGUCGGGGCAAGUGGCGCCCAACGUGGGGCUCGAGGUUCGGACUUCUGCCAGGCGGACCAGCAUUGAGAAACGAUUCGUCGCGACCCCCUCCUUCUCAUCGCUCAUGAAGAGCCCCUGCGUUUUGAUGAGGUCUGCCCUUGGUUUAUGGUUACCGGCCCAGAUAUUCAUCCGGGAAAGUGGCAGAAGAAAAUGACGAUCCUCGUAAUUUUCCUCCUGUUCCGUGGGAGCCACGGUGGUUUUCAAUCUCCUGACCCAGUAGCGCUCAGCCGUGCCCUCUUUGGAAGCCCUUGUGACUGCGGCGGGGGCACGUUCACUGUCCGUCCCGCCACCUACACGCAAGAAGUGGACUGCGGGGAAAAGACAGCCUACCUCGCCUACCGUCAUUCUAUCACGGGCGUCUCCAAACCCAAGUGGGAAUGCGUAAGGAAGCCCCGAGUUAUCCCUCCGAAUGGUGGCCAGCCCGGGCCUUGCCCCAGUGAUUGCAACUACCUUGAGGCCUUGCACUCCACAUGCUAUAGUUCUACCCAGCAGUGCAGUGGCAGCUCAGGAACAGUCUAUCUUACUACAAUACAGGAAAGAGAAUAUGGUGGCUCCACAGGAGGGGACUGGGCGCAUAUAACUAGCCAAGGCCUACGUGGAAGUACCAAUAAGUAUGCUCAGGCUUCCUGUCGUAAAGAAAAUAUUGGAAAAAAUGUCUGUUGGCCCCUUCAUGCACCUGUCCAUAUCUCUGAUGGGGGUGGCCCUACAGACCAAAUUAGGGAACAUGAGAUUGAGGCUUCUCUUAAAAACACCGUCAAUAUCCAUUACCACCAACUUGCUUCGUCAGAAGAUCCUACUGAUACCAUGGAAGAGGGUCUCCAGUUCUCGAAGCUCGUGCAUCCGGAAUCUCGCUGCUCGCGGUGGUGGAGAAAUAUUAAGGAUAAAAAGUGAUCUGGCAGCUGUGAGAGAGCCCAUGACGGGAAUAUUGAGGUCCCAUGUUUCAAAAAAAGAUCAGCGCGGCUGCAGUUGUUUCCCCAUGACGGGAAUAGAGUGAGGCCAUGAUGGGUUACAUCGUGGGGUCCCCUCGCUUAGCCUAAGACAGGGACCACUGCCACUAAUGCGCUUUGAACAUGGAGGCCGACCUCAUAGCCUAAGACAGGCCUCUCACCUGCUAUUUUAAAUACAAAAUGGGGGACAUGCUGGAGGCCAGCACCUGGUAGUGGGCCCCUAACCCCGUGAGAUUACCACACCCCAAGCAGCUUGUUCCGGGACAAACCGUACCAUAACGUGUUCCUGUCAGGGCUAACCGCAAGAUGUCGCCACACCGCCCCUGGAAAGUCCCGGAGGCCCAUUUUCCCCUUUUGCCCCUCCCCGCUUUUGCCCUAUAUAAGCUUGUAACGCUCAAAAAUAAAAUUAGACCUUGCCUACCAUC